UGGACGGAAGCUUUGCUCAUCUUUUUACAAUCUCGCAAGGCGACCAGUCCCUCGCAUCUUUCUUUAGGUUAACAGCUCACUGAUUGGAGCAGACGUUGCUAGGUUGCCAAGUCCCGCCUACCGCGGCUGGUUGGGUGGGUAAAUCGCUGUAGCCGCUGGUUGUGCAGCGGAGAUCGGGGGCUGCCCGGCCGGGCCCCGUCCGCCCUGCGGCGCUUAGUGAAAACAACAAUGGAGCGACUUGGAGUGAAAGCUACUCCUUCCCAUAACCGUUCUAAGACAGCUUUGUACGUGACCCCUCAGGAUCGUGUAACCGAGUUUGGGAGUGAACUGCAUGAAGAUGGAGGGAAAUUGUUCUGUACUUCCUGCAAUAUGGUCCUGAAUCAUGUUCGCAAAUCUGCAAUCAAUGACCAUCUCAAGUCUAAAACUCAUACAAAGCGGAAGGCAGAGUUUGAAGAGCAGAGUGUCAGAAAGAAGCCGAGGGCUCUGACUGCUUCUCUCCAAUGCAACAGUGCUACUCAGACAGAGAAAAUCAGUGUCAUCCAGGACUUUGUGAAGAUGUGCUUGGAAGCUAACAUCCCACUUGAGAAAGCUGACCAUCCAUCGGUGCGAGCUUUCCUGUCUCGCCAUGUGAAGAAUGGUAGUUCCAUUCCGCAGUCAGAUCAGUUAAGGAAAACGUACCUGCCUGAUGGAUAUGAGAAUGAGAACCAACUCCUCAGUAUGGAAGACUGUUGAGAAGAUGACUAUUUUGGGGAUGGCGUAUUAAAGUUACAUAUUGAUGGUGUGGUUUAUUUUUAUAUUCAUGCAUACACUGUUAUAUUGGUUUUACAGUUUAUUUUGUAUUACUGUAGACAUGACAAUCUAUCACCAAAAUUAAUGAUGUGCCACAGACUCUUGAUAACCCUACUGUAGAGUUUAUAUCCACUGUGAUUCAGAACUCAUUUUCAAGAUAGGGAACAUCUAUGUAAAGGCCAACCAUAACUGUGACAUUAACAAACACUCACGUGUGCAUGGAGGACUUUCCAUGCCAAUUCAAUCACCAACAUGACAUCUUCAUUACACAAGAAAGGACCAAACAGUAGGAAUUACUUUACUACAUCAGACAUAUUGACCAUCUUUGUUCAGUAUUCUGUCUCUGUCAAUGACCAGGAAUAAGUCCUGUAUUGUUAGCGUGCAAAAAGUCGUAUAAUGGCCAGUUACAUAAUAACCUGCCCACAGAAGCAAAUUCUAACCGCUGGUAGAGGCUGACUUAUGCCUUACAGCAUGGGGACUUACAUCCUUUUAAAAAACUCUUUUAUCCUAUCUAACGUAACUCUGGAUGUUCUCGUCUAUCUAAAUACUUAAUUAUGGCUUCACUUUUCUCUUAAAGCAGGGAGUUCAAUAGGUUUGUUACGCAUUGCAUAAAAGAAAAAGCAGUUUCUUAUCUCAGUUUUAAAUUCACUGUCUUGCAGUUUCAAUGUGUCUCCUUAUAGUAAGCUGAGAGACUAGUGUCUUUGAGCAAGGUGCCUUGUGCAGCUGCUGGCCUAUGAAACACAUGCCUGGUCACGGUCCCUAAUAAUACAGUUUGCUGUGUGUUUUCCUAGCAUGACAGCAGAAGCAGAACAUUUUCUUUUCAAUCUGUUAGCUAUAAACCAGAACCCAGUUGGAACUGAUCAGGACAUGGGAGUAGCAGUUCAAGAGUCCUACUUGAGUAUGGGGUCACUUAAGCUCUUGCACUCAUACCCUUUUCCUGAGUAUGGGGUCACUUAAGCUCUUGCACUCAUACCCUUUUCCUGGGUCUUGUGCUUGUCGCAGACUAAGUGACCUAAAUGUGUUUUUAAAACAGUUAAUGUUGAUGACAAAUAGUUCAUGUAGUGUAGCUAUGAGGUAAGUGUACCGAAAAGGAUGCAACAGUAGAAUAAGUGUUACCUGGGUUACAGUUCCUUUUCCAAGCCAGUGCCAUAUUCACUGGAUCAUAAAAAAAGUGACUUGCUGUAUAUCAGUAAUGUGUGUUUCUUUCUCUAAAUUGUGUAAUUCUCAACCCUUUUCACAUCUUUUUGGGGGAGUUGAGUAUUAUGCCUAAAUUAAGUAUGGUGGUAGCCCACUCAACUUUAGUGUCCAAGAAAGCUCUUGGGUGAGGAGAGAGAAUAUUGUGCAGAGGCAAGUAACACAACUGCCUUUUCUGCCUGCCUCCUUUGGGCUGUGAUUCUGUGAGGUGCUGAGCAUCUCCUAGGCAGUGCAGCAUGCCUUCCACUCACCAUAAGUGUUCUGUCUCGCAGGUUUAGUUCCUCCUAUUUUGCUGCUUUUUCCCUUUCUUGGUUUUCACUAUAUUUCUCAUUUUUCUUCAUUUUGCCCAUUUCAUUUUAGGGUGCUGACAGUAGCAUUAACUAAUAGUGCUUACAGGUGGAAUUGUAGAGGGACACAGACUAGCCUGCUAUUAAUUUGGUUGGUUUCUGCAGUUCUCGGUAGUUUAAAAUACACAUCAGCUUGAAGAGAGGAAACAGUUUAAUGCUGACUAUUUUUAUGCAAUCUUCAAGAACUUGUCAGAUGAAUGGCUCAAAGUGUAUUCACACAAUUUAAUCAUUUCUUUCUUGCAACUGGUUGCCUGCUGUGCGAGGUGUAUUUGUAUAGACACAGCAAACUAAAUGAAUAGUAUGCAGGCAAAUUGUUGCACCGGUGCUGAGCCCCAUUGAAGCCAGUGAGGCUCGACACAGUUAAAGCAAUCUGCCCAUUCAAUAUCAAUUGCUGGUUUAGGACUUCAGAUAGAAAUAGUAGUGGAAAUCUUUCUCUUGAUCUUGGAUGUCUCAAUUUGCCUUCACAAGUGUGACUAGCUAUGGGAUGUGCUUAGGAUCAUGCAUUGCGUAGGGCUGGUACUGUUUCAUAUAAAUCCUCUUAAGACACAUGAGUAUAAGUUACCACUGCCAAUAGCCUUUUCUAUGUUAAAAAAUUGUGUUCUUCCAUGACAGCUCCUCUUCUUGUUUCAGUGGAGUUAUGCUAUCUGCACUUCAUUAAUCAAAGUUAGAUAUCUUUGAAUUAGUUUUGUACUCCAUCCAUACAGUUGUAUUAGGGUUGAAUCACAAAGGGAAAACAGUUGUGAGUAUUGAGGAAACAGCUUGAGUAUGAAUUUUUGAAAUCAGUCUUCCAUUAAAAUAAGAAAGUGCUAUUUUAUGUACUAGUUUGAGAUGACUAAUUCUGGCCUUGAUGUUUUUUAAUAAUUUUACAGGCUAUUGUUGAUAUUAAAGUCGCUUUACAAAAGACCUAAACAGAAAUGUUUUUCUCUGCUCUCUACUAUCAAACUAAUAAACCCUCUUCAAAAAGCUAUGCUAGCAUUAUGAUUAAGCAUGUUGGUACACAGACUAAUAAAACAAAACAAAACAAAAAAGGCCGCUUCACUCUUGUGUUAGAAGAAAUAAAAAAUGACAGGCAACUUUGGUAAAUAAAUUAUGUUGUUUUUCAAGUAUCUAAGGAGAUUACUACAAAUAAUAGAAAAUAAAGCAUUAGUAAUAUGAUUAAGAUA